AUGGUCGACUGCUCAGAGUCUCCCGAAAACCGAGACCCGACUAAGGACUGUGGACCUAAGAUGACCCCGUCUUCACCUAUGCCAAUGCCUAUCUAUAAUCUCUUGUCAUCAUAUGCACCGUGUGAUAAAACAGACGGCUCGUUACAAUCAUAUUACACUGCAAUUGCUGGCACUUCAAUGGCACCCUGGAUUACAAAUUCCUCCUCAAACGUUCAUCCACAAACAUCAACCGAUACACCUUUUUCGGACGGAUCGGCAGCACAACCAUCUUAUUUCUACCCUCAUUCUAGUAAUUCAAAUUUUCUCGUAAGAUCGUCUUCAAUAGAUGAUAGUAAAAGUGAUUGGGAAGUUGUUCUGGAUGAUGGUACUCUUCAACGACGCACCGUUUCACUAUCUACUUUACCAGGCCCCGCUCUUCCAGCGGAACAGUAUCGGGCAAAAAUCAAAUGUUAUGAUGACCAAGUGCGACGAUCGCUACAGAACGAAUUUGGAAAAAAGGGUUGUACAGCAAAUGAAUAUGACGAGGCAAACGACUUCAACCAAGUUGAGGAUUAUGUGACCAGAAAUACAUUCGUUGAUGAGCGAACUGGAUUAUUACAUCAUAACAAUUACACUGCAUAUGCCCUUCAAAGUUCUUCCUCCGAAUCAGACGAAGAACAUCUUCCCAAAAAAAGGCAAACAUGGCUGGGAAGAGUAUGGAAAUUAAGGAAGAAAUUGAUACCUUCGUACGAACAAAAGAUGGUCCUGAAAUGCAGCUUUGCCUUCUUUUUGGGUAGCCUGUUUACCUUUGUACCGAUACUCAACCAUCUUGUAGGCGGACAAUUGGCAGCAACUCAUGUAAUUGCCACUGUUACAACGUUCUUUAGCCCCGCAAAGACAGUUGGAAAUAUGAUACAAGCCGUUUCCUUUGGAUUUCUCUAUACUCUCCUUGCACUCGGUGUUAGUUUAUUGAGCAUGCUUACGGCAGUCUAUUUGCGGGAGCAAGAUCAACUGAUUAUAUCUCAUCUCGUUACACUGGGAAUCUGGUUUGCUGGCAGCACAUUUAUUCUGUCUUUUAUAAAAGCGAAAUUUAGCAAUCCUAGCGUUGGGAUAGCUGUAUCACUAGCGUUUAUGGUAAUCUGUCCAGUACUUGUUCGAGAGGGAUCAACCGACACAGCAGAGUUUAAUGCAGCUCGAAUCCAGGAUACAGUAAGAGUGGUGAUAGUUGGAACCAUGAUCUCUGUUUUUGUAUGUUUCUUUGUCUGGCCUAUGACAGCAACCAGUAAACUCAGAUCAGACAUCGAUUCAAGUCUCCAAUCCACGCGUAUAUUGCUCAAGCUUUUAACAAAAACGUUUCUGCUUGAUUCGGAUCUCCCUGAAUUUACGGCAAACCCUCAACUUGAAGGAGCCAUUGUUUCUCACCGAAAAAGUUUCACAAACUUACAGCUCUCCUUGAACGACGCAAAACAUGAAUUCUACGAUAUAGAUAUGUUAUUACAUGCAGAUGGAUACCAUAAAGUUGUCGAAAGUCUUCAAAGGCUUGCACAACAUAUUGGUGGUCUUCGUAGUAGCUGCGGGAUUCAGUUUGAAAUGAUGCGCCUUAACGGAAAGCAGCCUGAUGAUAUAGCAAAGGCUUCGUAUGGAGCAACGAAUAACACUUUUUUAUCAAAGCGACACCGGAAUCCUGUACCAGAGACCAGUGACUCAAAUUCAGAAUGGCAUAUCAAGCCAGACCACCAACGCAAGAAGAUGGAGCAUGAGUUAAAAAGGGAAAUGAGCUCAAAAUCUAUUCAUGCUAUGGAUAUCCCAGGAGGUCAUAGCUACGUUGAUAAAUCGUACUUUUCUCCCGUAUAUUCCUACAGCUACCAGCCCUCGUGUGAUCUAAUGACAGUACCAGAAGAAGAAGAAGAAGAAGAAGAAGGAGAACAAACGGAACAAGAAGAGCCCGACAGAGAAUUAAACGAUAGUCAGUACGAACCACAAGAAACACGAGAAGUUAGCUAUGGUCCUCUUAGCGAGUUUAUAUAUACGAUUAGACCACCAAUGAAAUCCCUUGCAUUUACUUGCAAACAAACCAUCAUUCAUCUCCAGGCACAUUUUAAUGACAAAACUACUUCCACUACUCCUAGUUUUGUGGUAUUAAAGCAGAAUCUCACCAAAGCCAUGGCUCUUUUUGAAGAAUCACAACAUGCGGCACUGUCCCGCAUGUUCCUUCGCAAGAUGGAUGCUCAAGCCCACGCACAAGCGCAGGCACAGGUUUAUGCGCAGUCGCAGGCCUAUAUGCCAAGCGAGUUGCAUUUUCAUCUGAUCAAGCAGUUCCCAGUGGAAGAUGUUUAUCUUGUUUAUUUUUUUGUAUUUUGUUUGUUGGAGUUUGCUAAAGAGCUCAAGGUGCUAGUCGAGUCCGUUGAAUCAGUUUUUGAUAUCCCAUGUCAAGAUGAUUCAACUAUACAAUGGCUCAAACGAGUUGUAAUUUCGUCGUUUUGUAGCAAUAACGCACAUGAAAAGAUAUUCACAAAAGCCCCCAAUAACCAUAAUACACUCAAUACACUGCAUACACCCACACCAAAAACAUACUGGCGCCGUUUCUUUUUAAAAAUGUGGUCAUUUUUCUCGUGGUUCAGAAACCAUGAAGCCCGAUACGCUGCCAAAUCCACUUUUACAGCGCUAGCAAUUGCUGUUCUAGCAUUCAUCCCUUACACUCGCCCUUAUUUCCAGUCUCUACGAAUGGAGUGGACUUUAAUUACGGUCUUAGCAGCCAUGACACCUACUGUGGGUGGAACUAACUUGGUGGCUGUACUACGUGUUCUGGCUACAAUGGUAGGGUCGAUCAUUGCAUUAGGUGCUUAUCUCAUGUUUCCAGCCAAUGGUCCGGUGCUUUUAUUCAUCACUUGGGCAUUCUCUUUGGGCUGCUUCUGGGUAACCAUGCAUCAUCGUCAUGGGAGAUUUGGUCUGUUUUCGCUUCUAGCAUACAAUCUUGUUGUUCUCUACAAGUUUAAUCAGAGACAUGACCACGAGAUCGAUGUUAUUGAACUGACCUGGAUGCGAUGCUUUACAGUCUCCUUGGGAGUCUUGAUUAGUCUGGUUAUUACAGCCUAUGUGUGGCCUUAUGAAGCACGAAAGGAAUUACGGAGAGGUUUAUCCGAUUUCCUCCUUCGCCUUUCAUGGCUUUACAAACAACUCGUUUCCGAGUAUUCUGAAACCCCUCAGGCAGAAAAAGAUGCCGAUGCACUGCUGCUAGACAGACUCCUAGACAACCCUCUUCAGCAGGCCCUGACAGACAAGGAGCUAACUGCUCUGGCUCUUCACAAAAAAAGACGUUCUAUUGCCUUACAAAGAGUCGAACUUGAACUCCAAGUAAAUCUGGUUAACCUACAGGAUCUAUUAAAUCAUGCACCAAACGAGCCACGUCUUAAGGGACCUUUCCCUGUAAAAACAUACGAAGCCAUGUUGUCGUCUUGUCAAGAUAUUCUCGACAAAUUCCUGUCAAUCAGAAUUGUUGUUCUUAAGGAUGUAUGGACUACCCAAGUCAGAGGAAAAUUUAUUUUGCCCGCCAACAAAGAAUUGAUGGAAAUGGCUGGAAAUGUACUACUGUAUUUCUAUCUACUCGCUUCAGCUCUUCAGCUCAAAACACCUUUACCACCGUAUUUACCCCCUGCCGAGAAGGCGCGAACAAGGCUCGUAUCCAAGCUACAGACCUUACCACAUAAUAAGAGUGCUCUAUCUUUAAAUCAUUUAUCUGCUAACGACGAGUGUUUUAUGGUAUAUUAUGCAUAUGUUAUGAUGAUGGAAAACGUUAUUGUCGAGCUUGAUCACUUGGGUAAACACAUGAAGGAACUUUUCGGGUCCUUAAUCCCGGAUGACCAGUGGGCCCGUAGUUUUGGUCAAUCCGAUAUUGAGCGACAAAGAGAUGGAUCAGGCAGAGUAUAUUAGAAUUAUUUUAUAUGGCAUUUGUAUUUUGUGUAUAUUUUUAUUUUAUAUGUAUCUAUGUAUGUAUGUAUGUAUCUAUGUAUGUAUCUUCUAGAUCUAUUUGUAGAAAUGAGAAGUUGUUCAUUUUC